AUGGUGCAAGAAAAAUAUAUCGGGCUCGCACUGGCCGUAUCCGGCACGAUUGCCAUUGGCUCUUCGUUCAUUAUCACCAAAAAGGGUCUGAAUGAUACCGCGCAACGACAGGGCGCGUAUACUUCCGCAUCGGACGAUCAUGCGUAUUUGAAGAACCCUAUAUGGUGGUUGGGGAUGGUUACCAUGAUCGUUGGCGAACUCGCCAACUUUGCCGCCUACUCGUUUGCACCACCAAUCAUGGUCACCCCGCUAGGCGCGCUUAGCGUGAUCAUUGGUGCUGUUCUUGCUUCAUAUCUUCUCGACGAGCAAUUGGGACAUCUAGGACGCGUCGGAUGCACGCUCUGUAUAUUGGGAUCCCUGAUCAUUGUCCUGCAUGCGCCAGAAGACAAGGAGAUCACCACGGUGGAUGAAGUGUUGCAUUACGCCAUACAACCAGGCUUCUUGAUGUACUGCUUCUCUGUGGCCGUAUUCUCGCUCGUCAUGAUCUACUCCGUCGUCCCCCGCUACGGACGCACGAACCCCAUCGUCUACAUCUCCAUCUGCUCUCUGGUCGGCAGCGUCUCCAUCAUGGCAAUCAAGGGCUUCGGCAUCGCCGUCAAGCUCACCUUCGCCGGGAAUAACCAGUUCACACAUCCGAGCACAUACGUCUUUGGCAUUGUCGUGGCGAGCUGUAUCGUUAUACAGAUGAACUACUUCAACAAGGCACUCGACACGUUCUCUACCAACGUUGUGAACCCCUUGUACUACGUCGGCUUCUCAUCCGCAACCAUCGUCGCCUCCCUCAUCCUCUUCCAAGGGUUCAGCACCGACAACCCAACCGACUCCAUAAUGCUCAUCGUCGGCUUCAUCACCACCUUCCUCGGCAUCCACCUCCUCGAACUCUCGCGCACACAUUCCGGCCAAGAUGAGGGCCACACCGCGUUGGAAUCCGGUUUGAUGAACCCACGUCUAUCACUCAGCGGCAGGCCGAGCCUUGAUGGAUGGGGCGCACCACCGGGGAGCGCGGGACUUGGGAAUGGACAUGCGAGGCGGAGCAGUCGGAGCAGCUUGUAUCGCCAGCAAGGGCAGACGCUCUUCAGCGCGUUCGACGAGGAUGAUGGGCCCGAUGCUGUGGGGCUGGAGAGGUUACAGGAGGAGGCAGAAGACGACGAGCUCGAAGCUGCGACGGAGCGCACGCGACUACGCGCAGAGGAGCGCCGGAGACAACAUGGGCGGGGAUCGUCAUCACGUUCCGGGUCCCGCUCAGGGUCGGGCGCGAACUCGCCAAUACACGCGAGCAGGUGA